AUGUCGGAUGGGCUGACAAUUAGCCCCCUGAGUGUAGCCAGCGCCAUUCUUGGAACGACGACCUUAUUUUCGCUGGGCAUGCGAACAUGGCGACUAUUUAAACCGACAUGGAAUUGCCGACCGCUUAAAUCAGAAAGUCGAUGGAACUUUGACUUCUUCCACUGGAACUAUCUUCUGGGUUUUGUACUCGUCACAAUCACUAUCGUGAUUGGCAUGGUCGAAGAUCCUCCGAGUGUACGAAUGAAUUCUUUGCCUCUGUCUAUUCUCCUCGUACAAGUUGGCUUCACCCUAGUCAUUGCCGGCAUCCUGGCAAAGCUUGGCGUACGACAACCGUUCAAAGUCUCCUCCCUUCCCGCCGGUGAAGUCUUUCGUCCAGGCAUCCUGGUGAUCAUCGAGGAUGUCGUUGCGGUAGAUGGGGCCAGGGACAAGGCCUAUCGGGCAGCCCUGUUGACAAGAUAUGCAGCCAGCGUGCGGUUUCAACGCCUCAUUGAAGCUUUGAAUUGGUCCUGGGGACUCGGUGGAUGUCUGAUGGGCGUUCUUUUGAUCGCUGUGAUUUCUACGGUUCGCGACCAGACCUUUGCUUUUGGACUGGGCUGGGUAAUUCCAUGGAUUUGGGCUGGUGUCUGGGCGGUCAUCACUACUUACUGGGUGAAGUCUGCGCUGCGGGAAAAGAAACGGUCCUGGCCUGAGGGCCGAUGGACAAACGCUGUGUAG